UAACUUGUCCGAUAACGCUGUCGUGUCUAGGUGGCGUUUAGAAUGUUAUCAGUAAAGCUGUUCACCAGGAUACGCUGUUUGUGCUGAAGGAAAGCAGAUAAAGGAUCAGCAAUAUGGCGUGGCUUUAUAUAUUGUCCAUUCUAAUGCUAGCCCAGGUGAUGAGAAGUGAGAGCGUCUCGGAUAGUGUUACUGUCAAUUUUCAGCUGAAUACCUACAAAUAUAGCGGAGACAAUUUCAUGUGCAGGUCACCAAUCUUUCUGAUCCUAGUGAACAAAGUGGACGAAGGCAACGGGGUUUGUGAAGAGGAAUACAAGCACGUGAAUGAUGGUGAUUUCAAGAAAUUCAACAAUAGUACACCCAGCGAAAAUACCACUACGCCCCACUGUCUGCUACUUAAAUACCAAUUUAAACAGAUGAAUUUCUCUAUUCCGAGACAGGAAUAUAGAAAGACAUUACACCUAAUUGUGAAGCAGAAGUACAGCAACAUCAACACUUUGACCGGCGAGGACGACCUUACACAUUACUGUUCCAAUGUCAGUACAGACAAGCUUGUCAGUCCAUUUAACCUCCCGAUAAAAUGCAAGCCUCACUAACAGUGUAGUUCCUGCAGUAUUAACGUGACGUUGGUGGCGACGUGUCCUCAGCACUACUUUGGUGCGCAGUGUGACAUCUACUGUUCACCCUCGGACGAUAAUACGAC